UCUGGCAUCCCUGAGAUGCAGCUGCUUGUGGAGAAGGGGUAACCUAGGCCCUGAGGCACAUAAGAGCUGUGGCCAGCUGGGGACAAGCCCCAGGCACUUGGGUUAGCAAGGGUCAGGAGACUGGACCUGAGUUUGCCACUGGGUCAGGGCUGUAUCAGGCCUGGGUCCUCCCAGCUGAGCCAGUGGCCUCCCCUCCCCCGCACAUAGCCCUGAAUUGAGGAAGUCAUCCAAGCCCCACCCUCGCUCUGUGCCUGAAGCGGAAAUGUUUGUCCUUGUUGAAACUGAUGGGGAGACAUAGAGCCAUGACUUGCUCCUUCCUGUGAGCCCAGAUCCUAGAUUCCUGAGCAGCCGCCUCCGCCUUCUCAAGGUUUCCUCAUAUCACAGGUCCCUGUGACUUGCUCACAAGCUGCCAGUCAUCCAGCCAUUUCACAAAAAGCCCUGGAUGGAAUGCAUUUCUGACCAGGGCUCCUGGGCCUAGAGAGGUGGAAUGCCCCUGAGCUCCUCACCCCUGCAGCCACCCCUCCUGAUCACUCAGGGGCUGCCCCUCAGCAGUUGCUCACGGUAACACUCCCGGGUUACACCACAGGCUGACUGGAGCAAGGGACUCUGGGAGGGAGGAGUGCUCGCCCUGCAGCCCAUGGCAACUGCACAACACUGCCUUUCCCCGCCCACCCCACCAAUUUCCCAGCCAAGAGACAGCUGCGGAGCCAGCCCAAAGAGUGCUUGGAGGCCAAAGGCUGCAGGUGACUCAGCCUGCAGGUCCAUGGCUGGCAGGGCUCUGACCCCCGGACGUCAGGAGGAGGAGUCGACCAAAGAUCCAGGGAACAAACUACCACUAGCGCAGCCUGGAAGCCGCCUGCCCAGCAUCGAUGAGGUCCGGCCCACGGGUGCAGGCCUGGGCCCAGCCUCCCGCCGCGGAUCUGUCCUGGGCCUCCCUGCAUCCUUCUCACGACGCAACUCACUGGCAGGGCCAGGCUCUGGGCCUGGAGGUCGGCGGCCAUCCCUGGGACCAGUGUCCCCUCUAGCUUCGAGGGUCAGUUUCUCAGGGUUGCCCCUGGCACCAGUCCGUCGGGUGGCACCCUCGUACAGAACAGAGCCUGCGCCCGGGGAGCGCUGGGAGGCUGUGCGGGCCCAGCAGGCCCUGGAGGCAACCUUGAAUGCUGGGUUGUGCAACGCACGCUACUCAGGCACCGAGAGCAGGAGGCUGGCCCGAGAGCUGUGCGAGCAGGUGCACGUGCGCCUGCGUGAGUUCAGCCCACCACGGUACAAGCUGGUGUGCAGCGUGGUGCUGGGGCCACGUGCCGGCCAGGACGUGCUUGUGGUCAGCCGCGCGCUCUGGGAUGAGGCACGCGAUGGACUGGCCUCUGCCUCCUUCACCAAUGCCUCCCUCUUUGCUGUGGCCACUGUCCAUGGUCUCUAUUGCGAAUAAGAAGGCCUCUAUUCUGCAAAAUGAUUUAUUAUUCCAGAAGGAGAUGCCCCCUGGGGCUCACAUC